AUGGCGUUUGCUGGCAUUCUUACAGCUUGCUUAUUGCUGCUGCCUCACGUAUCCUCCACCGCCACCUUCACUCCGCUGCUGCCUCCCGCAUAUCCUCUCGCGGUGCGCAGUCCCUAUCUAUCAGCGUGGCUCCCCGGUAACGCAGCGGAGAACCUCCCAUCGAGUCGCUCGCAGUUCUGGUACGGCAACGAGCUGAACUGGUCGCUCAUCGCUCGGGUCGACGAUGUUGCGUACAACUUGUUUGGCGUGGUCGACUCCCUCGAGGAUACGAAGAACGCGACCGUCACGGAGGGCAAGUACACUUCGACACACAGUAUCUUCACGUUGACUGCGGGUGCUGCCACCAUCACACUCGACUUCCUGUCGCCCGUCUCGCCCACAAACUACCUACGCCAGUCGCUGCCGUUCUCCUACCUGACCGUCACCGUGAAGGCGUCCGGCCAGAGCGUUCAGAUCUACUCCGACAUCGACGAUUCGUGGACAGGCCAGUCGACAAGCUCCGAAUGGAGCUACGCCACGAACGGCUCAACCGCCGUCUACCAGAUCUCUGCCAAGGACACGGCCACCUACUCGCAGAACACUGCCGGCCAGGCUCUAUGGGGGGACGCCGUCUAUGCAACCCGCCCCGGGAAUAGUAGUGGAAGCAAGUUGACCGCUGCGUCGGGCCCCGUGGCCGCUGUGCGUGCCCAGUUUGUUGGGAACGGAACCCUCGACGAUACCCACGAGGCCUGGACGUCUGGGGGCGUCGUCGGGUUCGCGCAGGAGCUGGGUACGGUGAGUGAGAGUGCGGCCGUCACCUUUGCUAUCGGCCAUGUACGUCUGCAGUCAAUCAAUUACCUGGGCGCCGCGCAAACAGGGUACUACCGCGCGACGUAUCCGGAGACGGUGGCAGCGGUCUCGCACUUCCUGGACGAUUACACAGACGCCGACAGCGACGCGAGCAGCCUGGACGAGCUGAUCCAGAAGGCAGGCGAGGAGUCGUACAGCGCAGGCGGCAGCAACUACUCGGAUAUCCUGGCGCUGUCUGUGCGGCAGGUGUACGGCGGGAUGGAGCUGACAAUCCCAGACGACACGCUAGACACGAGCUCGCCGCGGGCGUUCAUAAAGGAGAUCUCGAGCGACGGUAACAUCAACACGGUGGAUGUGAUCUAUGCAACGUUCCCGCUGCUGUACGCGCUGGACGCGACCUGGAUCAAGCUGCUGCUCCGGCCCGUGCUCGAGUACUCGGUCAGCGACCUGUACACGGAAGACUACGCAGUACACGACCUUGGAGCCGACUACCCGAACGCGACGGGCCAUCUGGCCUCGGGCGAGUCAAUGCCUGUCGAAGAGAGCGGCAACAUCGUGAUCAUGAGCCACGCGUACACAAAGGCCUCGGGCAACGACGACCUGGCCACCACAUACGCCGACCUGCUGGAGAAGUACGCGACUUAUCUACUGGUCAAUGGCGAGUACCCCGCCAAGCAGCUAUCACUGAACGACGGCCUGGGCGAGCUGGCCAACCAGACCAACCUGGGCAUCAAGGCGGCCGUCGGCUUGGCCGCCUACGGGGCGCUCACCGGCCAGGAUAACUAUACCACCGCCGGCCAAGGAUUUGCAACGACAAUCUAUACCGACCGCGUCGGCACAGAUGCAAGUGGUAGCUACUUCACGAUCCAGUACGGGAUCGAGCCGUGGUUCCUCGUCUUCAACCUCUAUCCGGACAUUCUCUUAGGGCUAGACGUGUUCCCCGAGGCCGCAUACAACGCGACGAGCGCCUUCUACCCGACUGCCCGCGAGGCGGCCGGACUGCCCCUAGAUGGCUCGCUCGCAUGGGGCCAGACAAACUGGCAGAGCUACGUUGCCGCGACGGUGACGGGUGCCGCGCGCGAGAUGCUCAUCGCCGACCUACACGCGUACAUUUCGAAUGGACUCAACGCCGUCCCCUUUUCAGACAAGUACUGGGUUAAAAAUGGCACAGACUAUGUCGCGGGCGAGUACGAUAGUUUCCGCGCCCGGCCGACCCUGGGAAGCCACUUUGCCUUGAUGGCUCUCCUGGGAGAGAAUCAGUUGUCUUAG